AUGGAGGCAAACAAGAUCAAGGAUUUUUUGUUCAACGAUGAUAGAUUGGUAGUAUAUAGAGAUCGGGUAUGUGUACCUGAUGAUAAAGGGGUUCGAGAGACCAUUCUAGCUGAAGCUCAUCGAAAUAAGAGGAGUAGACCGAUAAAGUUCAUGGUGGGAGACCACAUAUUUUUGAAGGUUACACCUAUGACUAGAAUUGGGAGGUCUAUUCGUGCAAAGAAAUUGACUCCUAGAUUUAUUGGGCCAUUCAAAAUUCUUGAGAGAAUUGGGCCUUUAGAAUACUGGAUUGCCCUACCUCCUCAUCUGUCAGGUGUGCACGAUGUAUUCCACGUGUCUCAAUUGAAGAAAUAUCAACCUGAUCCUUCACAUGUGAUUGAGCCCAAGGAUGUAGAGUUAUGUGAGAAUUUAACAUAUUGGGUAAAGCUAGAGAAAAUUGUAGAUGUUAAGGAGAAACAACUAAGAAAUAAGACAAUUCGGCUGGUGAAAGUCAUAUAG